UUCCCUUUACUUAAUUUAUCUGUGGGUCUCAAUCAAUUUGAUUUUGUCACUUCAGUAUUCUUCUAUAGGUUUAUUUCAUUUACGUACAUUAUUAAACAUUAGUUAAUUCAAUUUGGCCAAAUCACAAAAUGGAAAAUGCCGAAGAAGUCUUUCAUUUAUUAGAAGAAUUUUCAAAACGUAAGCCAAAAACCAUACCUCAAGAGCUAAACGAUUACUUGGCGUAUGUAGCACGUACCGGUGAUCCUGUGUAUCAAUGGUCACUUGUGAAAUGUUUAUUCAAGGAGAAACUAUUAAAUGUUAUAACUGAUUUCUAUGAGACAACUCCAGGUAUUGAGAUACCGCCGUAUCCUAAUGUGGAUCCAUUCAAUUACGAUAUUAUGAAAAAUAGUUUAUUGGAGAGGCUCGACAGUUUUACUUCAGCGCCGUUUACAAUUCAACGAAUUUGCGAGCUGCUAGCAUUUCCUCGUAAGCAGUAUAAUCGCGUAGAUAAAUUUAUGCGAGCAAUUGAGAAAAAUAUCUUAGUUGUAAGCACACGAGAGCCCGGCAUACAACGUCACAUCGAGCAAGAGAAUGGUGAACCAAUGGAACCUAUUGUCAACGGCUCCGACAACAAUUCAGAAUAUAAUGUAGAUGUUGAAAUGGAAGAUGUAUCAUGGAAAGAAAAUUCAGAGCAAAACAACACUGACCCCCAACCAAGUUCUUCAGAUACACAUAUCUCUGUUGAUAACAAUGAAGAGAAAGUUCAUCCAAAGCUGGAAAUUGAAAUGGAUACCCAAGAAAAAUUAAGCCAUGUACAAGAACCUGCUGAGACAGAGAACUCAUUACUAAGUAACACACCUCCUCCGCAAGAACUAGAAAAUAAAUCCAGUGAAACUGUCAUUUCAGAAUCAAUAUCAGAUACUGCAGAACAGCCAAAUGAAGAAUUGAACAAGGAUUCAAAUCUUCCAUUAUCAGCAGUCAAAGAGGAUGACAAAAUGAAAACAGAUGAAGUAGCAAGUGUAUUGAUUGUACCAGAAAUUAAAAUAGAUGAUGCUGAAAUGACAGAGCAAAAACUUAAAGCUCAAUAUGAUGAAACAGUUGAAGUUGCUAAAGAAGAAAGCAAAAAUGAAAAAGAGAUUGAAGAUACUAAACCUUGUGUAGAUCCUCCGCAAGCAAUUAAUGAAGACAGUUGUUCAAGUUCAAAUAGUAAAGAAGAUGUUAGUGAACCAAAAAUUAUUUCUGAAGUGUCAACAUCGAGCGAAGAGAGUUCCUCGUCAAGUGAUAACACUGAUGGCAAUAGUAACUCACCAAGAACUGAUCCUGAAUCUCAUACAGAUGUUCAAGUUAGUCCAAUCAUAUUAGAAAGUGUUAAAGAAGUUGCUAAAGAGGAUGAAGAGAAGAUCGAUGAAACACCAUUACCUAGUCCUCCAGUAGAAAAUCCAACAAAACCGUCGAUUCAAACAGAUAAUUAUUCAAUCAGUGAUGUUAACUCGGAGAUACAACAAAUACCUACCGAGGCAUUUACCAAGUCAGAUGAUAUCAAAGAAAGUGAUACUGUCGAAGAGAAGACUGAAAAUAAACCAGAAGAAACUGAAUCACAAGAAAAAACAGAAGAAACACAAUGAUUCAUGUGAUACAAAAGUGUUAUUGUCAAUAACUGUGGCUUAUUUUGAACAAGUUUUUUAUCAAAUGUGGCUCACUUAACAUAAGUUUAAAGACUUGAAUAAAGUAUUAAAUGUAGCGAAACAA